AUGUCAGAUAAAUUUAGUAUUAAUGAAAUAUUAAAAUCAAAUUAUAAUAAACAAAUUACAUUUACUAAUAUACAUAAAUCGAAUGAAAUAAUAUUACCUAUGACAACAAUUACAUCAUCAAUUUCAAUGAAUCAUAAUUAUAAUUAUUUAAUGACAUCAUCAAAUCAUUCAUUGAAUUCAUCUAUAUUAAAAGAGUUUUUAAUGAAUUCUAAUAUAAAACAAACAAUAGAAUUAUUAAUAAAUGAUAAUAAUGAUAAUAAAAAUAUUCAAUAUAUUUUAAAUUCUGAACAAUUUAAACAAUUUAUCAAUAUAUUAAAAUCAUUUAAAUAUUCAACUAUUAAUAAUCAAUUAUUGAAUGAAAUAAAAACAAAAUAUCAUAUAACAAAUCCGGUAAUUAUAAAAUAUUUAACAUAUAUAUUUACUAAUAAUUCAAAUGAAUUAUCUAAAGAUAAUAUUAUUGAACCAAGACGAAUUGGACAUCCUUAUCAGAGUAGAAUACCUAGAAAACGGAAAAAGCCAAGAGCAUCAUUCACAAGAUAUCAAGUGACAACACUUGAAAGAAAGUUUCGUCAACAAAAGUACUUGGCUUCGACUGAGAGGAAUGAGCUAGCAAACUUGUUGAAAAUGACUGAUGUACAAGUGAAAACAUGGUUUCAAAAUCGUCGAACGAAAUGGAGGAGACAAACAAAUGAGGAACGUGAAACAGAAUGGAAGGCCACAGGACGUUUUUUAUUAAGUUUACAUUCUCAGCUGAAUCUACUUAAAGAAAACUUACAUAUGAGUAAUAAUCAGACAUUUUAUUCCACAGUGAGCGGUUAG